UUUAUUAAAAUCAUAGCGAUGCUCUGUUUAUGUUUAAUUUGAGUUUUGUGUAUAAAAGCCGUUUGAUUUAUUUGGUGUAUCAUCAGAUUUUUGUUUGCUUUUCUUCAGUGAUCAUCUAAUUCAAAAUGUUCAAAAUUAUCCUCGUAACAGCCCUUUUGGGAUUUGCUGCUUCAGCAUCCAUUGAUUCAACUGCUGAGAUCCGUAGUUUUUCAAAUGUUCCAGCUGAUGCCGAGGGUAACUUUGCUUACUCAUUCGACACAACUAAUGGAAUCGCAGUUCAGGAGAGCGGUAACAUUGCCGGUGUAACUGGAGCUGCACAAUAUAUUUCCCCAGAAGGAAUUCCAGUUCAAAUCACUUACAAGGCUGAUGAAAACGGAUACCAACCAUCUGGUGACCUUUUGCCAAUCUCACCACCAAUUCCAGAGGCUAUUGUCAGGGCACUUGCAUACAUUGCUGCCCAUCCCUCACAAGAAGAACGUGGACAAAAAUUGAUUGUCAAAUCAAUUCCAUUCAAAGGAUAAAAAUAUUAUGAUAAGUUAAAAAGUUUUUAAUCGAAAAUUCUAGUCAACUGUGUUGUUAAAUGAAAUGAAUGAAUGAAAAUAAACUCUUCUACUAUAUUGUAGAAUAACGAUAAAGACCA